UGUUUUUUUCAGGAUUAUAUUAUUUUACCUGUCUCUGGAAAGUGUGGAUCAACGGCAACACUUCGCAAAUAAAUCAAAUCGGAGGAGAGAUCAGAGGAGAGAAGAAUCCAGCUGAAACAAUGAAUUCGAUGAUGGGCGCAGUAACAGGACGGAGGAGUAUGUCGACGAUAUCCAAAGCCGUCGCCGAAAUAGUCGGAGUCGGCAAAACCAAGACACGCAAAGCUACCAGUGAACUUUGCACUUUCAUGGGCGUCCCUCAACCAUCUCGUUCCGAAAUGGCCAUCAUAAUUUCCAAGUUCAUCAAACUCUACAAUGCCAAGAGUCCUGGUAUUAAGAAGGACAAGCUUUGGGAGCAGAAUUUGCAAAUACUGAUGCGUGGGAGAAGCAGCGUUGGUUUUACUGAGGUUUCUAGGAUUGUGUCUCCUGAAUUCAGCCAGAAUUUGAUUAAUAUCAAGGAUACUAGUAUCGAUUCUAACACCGAUAACCCAAAGGGGAAAAAAUCACAAACAAAAGGGAAAGGGAAAGGGAAAAAAAAAUAGGAAGUGGAAGCAUGCGGUUGGUUUUUUACUAUUCCUAGGUGGGAACCAAGUUAGAUUUUUGAAACUUUCUCUGUUUUACUUAAUAUAUAAUUCUGCUUGAUAAUUUGGUGAAAGGAUUCCAAUGCAAAAACCCGAGUAUGGGUAUUGAAACGUUUGGGUAUUACUGUGUGGUCCAAUGACAAAAUAAUAUUUAUUUUCUGUGUUC